AUAAAAAAAUUCCACCACGACGACGUUCUUACUUUCAUUCUGCUCUGCGUGCUCCAGCUGAUUAGAACUGUCGCCCUGCGGAAGGCUGGGUCGGGAUCCAGGAGGAUCCCCGGACAUCAGAUGGUGGUUCCAUUCCAAGUUUUUUGAGGAAUCUCCAUAGUGCUCUCCAGAAUUUGCAGUUCCAUCAAGAAUGUUUAAGUGUACAUUUCCCCACACAUUCUUGCCGGAUGUUUGCAAUGGUCAAGAAUAAGGAGAUAUUUUGUGAUAUAUUUUUCAACCACUUCAAGAAAAAUAAAGUGGAGAUAGCAACUGCAAUAACAAAGCUGUUUCCUUUCCUAGAGGGCCUCAGAGACCGAUCCUUUAUCACCGAACAAAUCUAUGCUGAUUCUCAAGAAGCCUUUAGAAACUUGGUUCCUGUAGCCAGAGUGGUGUACCAUGUUCUUGGCCACCUUGAGAAGGUGUUUGAUUGGUCACUUCUACAAACCCUGUUCAGCAAAGUGAACCUGAAAGAGUACCCUGGCUUAAUACAGAUUUAUAAAACCUUUGAAAAUGUGUUCCAAGAAAAAUAUGUUUCCCUAAGAAGUGACCCGGAAGGAAGGCAACAAACGUCCAUCACUCAGCCAAGCCGUGAGCAAGGAACGGUUGAGAACACGUUUCUGCGAAGACUGACCUGGCCACAGCACUCAGAUCCCUCGUCUUACAAUGAAUGUCAUCUAGGAGCCAUCCUGUUUGGAACUAGAACUAGAACCUCAGAACCUGUCUGGGAUGUAAAGUCAAAGCGUAUAAAGACAGAACAGCCUAUCUGCAGCCCAGAGAAGGCUCUUGGAACUCAACAAGAAAAUUAUGACUGUGCCCAAGCAGUUGCUGGUGAAUUCAGUGCUCUCCCAAUGAAGAGAGAGGAAGGGUCAGAAGAGAAGCCCAGCCCCCUGCAGCGAGGUGGACAAGGGGCAAGGCGAUGCAGAUACGAGGAUCUGGUGCCCACUUCCCUUGUGAGUCCGGAGGACCAGCAGAAGGCAAGGACCAUGCAGAGCCAAGUGGACGAAAUCAUAGUUAUCAGCAGUGAGGACUCGCAAUCCAGUGACGAGGAAGAGCCCCAGGUGUCUCCUGCUCAGCACCAAGGUGCAGGAUUCAGGCGGGUGAGGAGGGCGCGGACCUCUGCCCCGGACUCCAGGAUCUUAGAGCUCCUGCUUGCUGGUGCACAUGGCUCGGAGGGCACUACCAGCCAGGGCCCUGCUAACCCUGGGCGCCCAUUCUUCACACUUGCCUCGGCUGGCCCUUUGGGAAACGUGGGAAGGCAGGGCGGUUCUCCCUGACUGCUGCCUUCACGUCUGAAUGUCCGCGUAGAGACAGGAUGUAUGUUUCUGUUUUACACCUUUUUCCUUCACGUGGUUGUACAUAUGAUAGUAUAACAAAAAUUACAUAAUUUGUCUUUGUCUCCAGUUCUUGAUCCAGAGUGGUAAAACCUCUGGAAUUUCCAGUGAGAAGAGCAUCUUUUAAAAAUCAAGCAUAUGAUUACAGGGUUAGAUCUUUCAGCCCCACUUCUCGACCUCUGGGGAGAAGAGAGGAAUGGAAGAUUGAGUGCAUCAACAAUGGCCAAUAAUAAAAUGUCAUGUCUGCACAAUGACAGCUCAGAAAAGCCCCUGAACAAUGGGGUUCAGGGGCUUCCUAGUUGGUGAAGUCACCGAUGUGCUGGGAGCUGAAGAGAGCACACACCUCUCCUUCCCCUGCCCCCCCCCCCCCCACUGUCUGCUACACACAUACCUUGCUCUACCAUUUGGCUGUUUCAGAGUUGUAUUCUUUAUAAUAAAGCCACAAUCACCUAAAACUC